AUACUGCCUUUGACAAACGUACAUAAAUAUGUACAUAUGUAUAUAAGGGUUGUUAGACGUAUUCAACUUUAGGGUUGCACUAUUCUCACAAUUGUGUUAAGGCUAAACACAAGUCAAGGCAAACACAAGUCCGUAACAAGAGUCUUAAGGAAUACUUUAACUUGUGCAAUCGUCAAUCGUAAAACACAAAAAAAAAACCUAUGAAUAACGGAUGGCAACAAAAUAUAAAACUUUUUGCGUAAAUUUCUUGUCAAAAACCCCUACAAAAAGCUAUCUCGAACAUUUAAAUAAAAAUGGAUAGUCAGACCUGUAAUUCAGAUGUGGUCAGCUCAAAAUUUAUACAGGAUGACUUGCAGCUUGCAGCUGAACUAGGGAAAACAUUGCUGGAGCGAGCCAAGGAGUUAGAACUUCUGCUAGCUGAGGAAAAGACCAAAAAUGAAGAAAAGCAACGCGAAAUUUUGCAUUUACGUAAACAAAUUAAUGCCAUGACUGAGGUAAACGAUACGCGUUUAAAGGUAUACGACCAGCUAGAAGUUGGCAUACAAGAAUUGGAGCGCAGUAAUCAUCGUCUUACAUUAGAGAAAACUCGCGAUAAGAAACAAAUAAAAUCGUUCAGUGCCACCAUUGAAUCUCUGGAGACGCGAUGCGAAGAACUAAGUCAACUCCUAGAGGAAACUAAGCAUUCACUAAGCUUGGAACGCCGCAAGAAUAACAAGCCUGCCCAGCAGCAUCCGCAAAACACUGUGGCAAGCAAAACGGGUCAACUGAGUUUGCCUGAACCAUGGAUUGGACUCAACCGCGAUAAAGCGGACCUGAACGCUACGACGUCCUUAGAUAACAGCUCAUUUACGGCCAAAGCAAACUCAACCGGCCUAAAUGACAUAUCGUUAUCGCAGUCCAACGACAAAUCUUUGAUUAUCAGCAAAGCGGGUAACUCCUCUCAAGAGUUACCAGAGGCAGCUGCCAGUUGCGCUAUUAAAGGGGACGAGGAGCUAAUUGGGCUAAUAAGUGACAUGGAGAAUAUUAAGCGUGACUAUGUUGCAGAAAAGCAGCGUUGCUGUGAAUUAGAAGAUCAGCUGGUAGCCAUCAUACAAGAGAAUCAAGACCUUCAGGGUCGCGUCGCCUUAACAAGCACAAAUGAAGAUAUGAUGUCUAUGCACGAUGAAUUCUCACUGCUUGACGAUGUACGUCAGGGUCAGAUGUGUAGUCGAUGCUUACGCGUUAUGGAGGAACACGAACAAACUUCCAACAAUGAUGGCCAGUCGUCAAUAGCACAAACUGAAGAUAUGAGAGAUGAUGAUGAACGCAGUUUGCUUGGUAGCGAACUUAGUGCAAACUUUCCAUUGAAGAAACCGCUUCAAACAACAAUACCAAAUGCGGAUGCAAAUACAAAAAUGUUGGCAGAUAACCCAAAUGUUUACCGUGAUUUAAUUGAAAAAUAUGAAGCCUUAUUGGAAAUGCAGCGCAACUCAUUAGUUCUUAAAACGAAUGUCGUCAUCGAUAAUAACUUGCAGCAACUUGCAAAAAGUUUGAAGCCAGAUCCGUCACAAUCUGGAAAUGAAGCAUGUCUGAUAACAAACAAAAGCUCAAAAACUGUGCGCGGACGGACGUCAGCCGAAUAUUCUGAGGCAGAGACUUCUUCAUCGGGUUUUUCUGAAGAGAUCAGCAAUAAGUACACUCAAACGGAUGAGCGGCCAGGGUACUUUUUGUGCUCUAUUAGCAAUGGCGAGGAAUGUAAGCUAAGCAUUUACGACGAUGUAAGCCCAAUUGAUUCGCAUUUCCAUAGCCGUCCUGAGUAUAGAGAGCUUUUCAAAGAGAUUUUCGGCAUUCUUAAAAAAGCAGCUGAUAGCAAAGAAAAUGUUCAGGAUCAUGAUCCGAACAGUUCGCAGCCUACAAAUGAUGUCAUGACGGGACGUGAUGCUCAUGGUGUCGACGAGUUUUCAGUUGACUUUGGAGAUGAUACCCAAAGCAUUAUCUCAUCUGUAAUGUCGAAUGAAUCAUUUGCUAUAUCUGAGUGUGUUACAAAGCUCGAACGUAAAACCGCAAAAAAGCACAUAAACGAAUGCAAAAAUCAAGAAAAUCGAAUCUUACAGGCAAGUUCCAUAUUUGCAUCAACAGCACAUAUAAACGGCACUGAAAGAACAGAUGAAAUUAGAUCUAUUGAGGAAAAUAGCCGGGUAUUGACACCACUUAAGCGUGAACCUCUUGAGUAUUUAUCCAUUGGUGUUGGUAUUAAGAAAAAAAAUCGGAAUCGGAGAAAUAGAAGUCAACAUAAUAAUGGUGUGCGUGUAGAAUCACCGUUAGCGCAGCGUACACCAACGCAUCACGUGCGCCGGACACGUAGAGAUUUUGCUCCCAUUCCACCAGAUAUGUUAGGAACAGAGUUCGUGGCACGCCGAGGCAAGGAACGUUCUAACACCGAAUGGGAUGGCUCACCCAUGAUUAUUUAUAAUCGCACUAUAAGCUCAUCUGGGGUCAAGCGUACAAGUCGUGUUUUCGAAUUAAAUGGCGUUGAGUUUCAUCCAAAUACGGUAUCUCAAGAGUUCCACAAGCUGAAGCGUCUCGAUCUAUCUUACGCAGAGGUGUUACGGCGCUCCGAUGCAUACGAACAUCAACAUCAAAAUCAAUCGAUACGUGGUCAACAGCGCACGCAGCCACCCCGUUGGAAUGCAAACAAACAAAGUCAAAAUAGUCGGCGCUAAAUAUGCAAAUGUACAUACUCGUAACUCAAUAGUAUUUUUUUUUUUUGUGUUUUUAAUUUGUUACAUUCACAGCAGCGUCAUUGUGUUUCUAUUUUAGUUAUUUUUUAUUAAAUUUUAUUUAAGCCAACUAUUUUCCAAUAUCUUCGGAUUUCGAAGUAGUCAUUUAUAAAGUGUCUCCCUCUGUCAUUCGUUUAAUUAUUUAAGAUUUAGGUCUAUAUAUGUAUGUAACCUCGUUCAUUCCGAUCUAAUUACCAACUAAUUAAAGACUAUCAACCUUAAUUAUACUUGUACUUAAAUACUUUAAGGUUUUCUCAACAUUUUUGCAUUAAGAAUAUGAAUAUUCUGUACGAUUAUAAAUAGGUAAUAUUCAUCCAAGUUUUCUAUAAAUAAAAAGCAUAUGUGCCAAUUCGAAUCCCAUACAUCAUAAGUAAUGAAACACACAGUCAUAAUCUUAUUCGUAACUCUGACCUGCUUCGAUAAAGUUUACAGUGGAUAAUACACAUAUGUAGUUAAUAAUGUUCUUAUCUUGUAUUUAGAAUGCAAAUAAAAUAACUAAAUUAGAUAA